GGCGCUCAGGGCCUCUAUCUCUCUCUCUCUCUCAGUUUCUGUGUCCGAGCGUCUCCGGAUUCAAACACAGCCGUGCCUGGCCUGGCCUGGCCGCGCCGCCUCCACAGCACCCGGGACACCUCCAGGAGCCGAACUGUGGUGAGCUACACUGAGAGCCAUUUUAGCCCUAUCCUGUUGAGUUUCCCCCAAGGCUAAUCUUGCAUUUUACUAGAUUUGGCUGUCUCAGAGUGAAACUGGACUCCCUUGGAUUUUGCAGCAGGCAAUAGGGUGCCAGAUGAAGUGUACCUAGUUUACUGGAAUGUGAACAUUCAAAUUGAACAUUUGAAGCCUUGCACCUUCUCCUGAACAUCAGGAGAGCAUAAGAAGUCUGUGAACAUGGAAGAUAAGGAUGCUGCCGUUUUCAGCAAUGAGAACAGAAGCAGUAAAGACAAGGAAGUUACAGAGAGGAGGCCCACCUCGAGUCGGGAAAAAGGAAGGGAUGAUCUAAAAGCUGGCAGCAGAAGGGAAACCGUAAAGGCAGUCGAGGAGAAAAAAAAGAGGCAAGAGGAUGAAAAACGCAAAAAGAAGGAAGAAGAAAAGUUAAAAGCGGAGGAAGAACAAAGAAAGAAGGAAGAGGAAGAAAAGAAGAAACUAGAGGAGGAGGAAAGGAAAAAACAGGAGGAGGAGGAAAAAAGGCAGAGAGAAGAAGAAGCAGCAAGGCAGAGAGAGAUGGAGGAAGCGUAUCAGUUGCACCAAGAGGCUUGGGAGCGUCAUCAAACAAGGUUAGAACUCCGCAGUAAGAAUCAGAUUGCACAUGAGAACCGUCCAGAAGAGAGUUUCUUUACCAGGCUGGACUCGAGCCUAAAGAAAAAUACUGCGUUUGUCAAGAAGCUCAGAACUAUUACUGAGCAGCAAAGAGACUCCCUCUCAAGUGAUUUCAAUAUGCUUAACUUGAGCAAGUACAUUGCAGAAGCUGUUGCAUCCAUUGUAGAAGCUAAAUUGAAAUUAUCUGAUGUGAAUUGUGCUGUUCACCUUUGCUGCCUGUUUCACCUGCGGUAUGCUGACUUUUCACCAUUGCUUCUACAAGGCUGGAGAAAGCACUUUGAAGCCAGGAAGGAGGAAAAAACUCCAAACAUUAGCAAACUGAGGACUGAUAUGCGCUUCAUUGCAGAACUAACAAUUUGUGGGAUCUUCACUGACAAAGAAGGCCUGUCACUCAUAUAUGAGCAACUCAAGAACAUCAUUUAUGCUGAUCGUGACACUCACACUCAUGUCUCUGUGAUUAUCAGUUUUUGCCGGCAUUGUGGAGAUGAUGUUGCCAGUCUGGUGACCAGAAAAAUGAAGUUUGCCUCCGAGAAAUACAACCUCAGUUUCCCUCCCAGUGAGAUAAUCAGCUCUGAGAAACAGCAGCCCUUCAUGAACCUGUUGAGGGAAUACUUUACCUCGCUGACCAAACACCUUAAAAAAGACCACCGAGAAUUACAGAAUCUGGAGAGACAGAACAGGAGAAUCUUGCAUUCAAAAGGAGAGCUGAGUGAAGAUCGGCACAAGCAGUAUGAGGAAUUUGCCACCUCUUACCAGAAGCUGUUAGCGAACACACAGAGCCUAGCUGAUUUGUUGGAUGAGAAUAUGCCUGAACUUCCCCAAGAUAAAUCUGCACAGGAAGAACAUGGCACUGGCAUUGACAUCUUCACACCUGGGAAGCCUGGAGAAUAUGACCUUGAUGGAGGAAUCUGGGAGGAUGAAGAUGCACGCAAUUUCUAUGAAAACCUAAUUGACCUGAAAGCAUUUGUACCUGCCAUAUUGUUCAAAGAUAAUGAAAAGAACUCGCAGAACAAAGAUGCCAGCAAAGAAGAUUCAAAAGAUUCCAAAGAUGGGAAAGAGCCCAAGGAUGGAAAAGAUUCCAAAGAAUUAGUUGCUACAGAGGAGCUGGAGUUGGAGCUGGAGAAUCUGGAUAUUAAUGAUGACAUUUUAGAGGAAGAAGGAACAGAAGAAACAGAAGACCUUAGUCAAAAACUUCUGGAGGAGCAUGAACAAGAUGAAGAGGAAGCCAGCACUGGUUCUCAUCUGAAAUUGAUAGUGGAUGCUUUUCUACAGCAGCUACCUAACUGUGUCAAUCGUGACCUGAUAGACAAGGCUGCAAUGGAUUUCUGCAUGAACAUGAACACAAAAGCUAAUCGUAGAAAAUUGGUCCGAGCGCUCUUCACUGUACCCAGGCAGAGGUUGGACCUGCUUCCAUUUUAUGCCCGUUUGGUUGGCACUUUAUAUCCAUGUAUGACUGAUGUGGCAGAGGACCUAUGUGCCAUGUUAAAAGGAGACUUCCGAUUCCAUGUCAGGAAGAAGGACCAGAUCAAUAUUGAAACUAAAAACAAAACUGUGCGGUUCAUUGGGGAACUAACAAAGUUUAAAAUGUUUUUGAAGAACGAUUCACUUCAUUGUCUAAAGAUGCUCUUGGCUGACUUCUCUCACCACCAUAUUGAAAUGGCCUGCACACUCCUGGAGACAACUGGCCGUUUUCUUUUCCGGUCACCUGAAUCCCAUUUGAGGACGAGUGUUCUUUUGGAGCAAAUGAUGCGUAAAAAGCAGGCAAUGCACUUAGAUGCUCGUUAUGUUACAAUGGUGGAAAAUGCAUACUAUUACUGUAACCCACCACCUGUUGAGAAAACAGUGAGGAAGAAGCGCCCUCCCCUUCAGGAAUAUAUCCGCAAACUUCUCUACAAGGACUUGUCCAAGGUCACAACUGAAAAGGUGUUGAGACAGAUGAGAAAGUUGGCAUGGCAUGAUCCAGAGGUGAAGGAAUAUGUUAUUAACUGCAUGAUCAACAUCUGGAAUGUCAAAUACAACAGUAUUCACUGUGUUGCAAAUCUGUUGGCGGGAUUAGUGCCAUACCAAGAAGAUGUGGGAAUACAUGUUGUAGAUGGAGUGCUAGAAGACAUCCGUCUGGGAAUGGAGGUCAAUCAACCUAAAUUCAAUCAGAGGCGCAUCAGCAGUGUUAAGUUCCUUGGAGAAUUGUACAAUUAUAGAAUGGUGGAGUCUGCAGUCAUCUUCCGAAUUUUGUAUUCCUUUAUUACAUUUGGUAUAAGUGCUGAUGGCAGUGCAACACCUCUGGACCCACCAGAACAUUUAUUUCGUAUCCGACUGGUUUGCACGCUGCUGGACACUUGUGGGCAGUACUUUGACAGAGGCUCCAGCAAACGGAAGUUGGAUUGUUUCCUUGUAUAUUUUCAGCGUUAUAUCUGGUGGAAGAAGAGUUUAGAUGUGUGGACGAAAGAUCACCCAUUCCCUAUUGAUGUCGACUACAUGAUUAGUGACAUACUUGAGCUUCUUCGACCAAAGAUGAAAUUCUGUGGCUCCCUUGAAGAGGCCAUCAAACAAGUUCAGGAACUCGAGCGCGAGUUCUUAAUUAAGCUAGGCCUUGUUAUUGAUGGGAAAGAUUCCAAGUCAGAUAAGCUGUCUGGUCUGGGAGAAGGAGAAGAAAACCAGGACGAUGAUGAUGACGAUGAGGAAGAAGAGGGCGGAGCAGAAACAGAGGAACAGUCUGGGAAUGAAAGUGAAAUGAAUGAACAUGAAGAAGAGGAUGCUUCUGAGAAUGAAGAAGAUGAUGAAGAGGAGGAGGAAAACACAGAUUACCUGACAGACUCCAAUAAGGAAAAUGAAACUGAUGAGGAUAACAAUGAGGUGAUGAUCAAGGGUGGAGGCUUAAAACACCUUCCCUGUGCAGAAGAUGAAGAAUUCAUUCAAGCUUUGGAUAAAAUGAUGCUCGAGAAUCUGCAGCAGCGAACUGGCGAGUCUGUCAAAGUACACCAAUUAGAUGUGGCUAUUCCACUCCAGCUAAAAAGUCAGCUGAAGAAAGGACCUCCACCCCAAGGAGGAGGAGAAGGGGACUCUGAAAAUUCAGAAACAAUGCAAUUUGUGAUGCUUACCAGAAGGGGGAACAAGCAACAGUUUAAAAUACUGAAUGUGCCAAUGAAUUCACAGCUUGCUGCAAAUCACUGGAAUCAGCAGCAGGCGGAACAGGAAGAAAGAAUGCGUAUGAAGAAGCUGACGCUUGACAUUAAUGAACGGCAGGAACAGGAAGACUACCAAGAGAUGUUGCAGUCCCUGGCACAGCGUCCAGCUCCAGCAAACACCAAUCGAGAGCGGCGACCACGGUAUCAGCACCCUAAAGGAGCACCAAAUGCUGAUCUUAUCUUCAAGACAGGGGGGAGGUAAGGGUUUUACAACCCUCCAAGAACUCUGCGUUCCUCCCACUCUGGCCUCUUGUGCAUCUCCCACUCCCUUUACCCCGUCGUUGGCUGCCGUGCCUUCAGCUGUCUGGGCCCUACGCUCUGGAAUUUCCUUCCUAGACCUCUCCACUUCCCUCUCUGCCUUUAAGAUCCUCCUUAAAACCCAACUCUUUGACCAAGCUUUUACUCACCCCUCCAAAUAUCUCCUUCAGCUGAACAUCAUUUUUUUUCCUGGUUACACAUCAAUGAAGGGCUUUGGGACAUUUUGACGUGUUGAAAGCGCUAUAAAAAUACAAGUUGUUGUUGUUGGCUAUCAUUAUAUUAAAAUGCGCAUGCUACUCAACAGGUUACUCAGCAUAUUUUCACCGUUGCAUGGAGAGACCCUUGGGAUGAAUGACUUUUUAAAAAAAUAAAUAAAUUAUUAGGGAGGUGCUGCAAAGGAAUAUUGGAUCAUCCAGACUGGUUCAUUGAAAAGAGCAGAUAAAUUAUAUUCAUAUUCCUUCAUAAAAUUACACAUCAAGUAACUAUUAUGAUUUGUGCAAAAGCAGUCUAAAUGCCCCUCCAAUUUUCCUUCUCUCUGCAGGCAAAUACUUUUUAUUUCUUUUCAUUUCUACCAAUAUGGAACUAGGCUUGUCAAAUUGUAGUCCCUGGAGAACCAGCACUCCUUACGGAGAGCUUUUUAAAUCUCAUUCCCAUACAAAAGGAGUGCACAGUGCAUCUUGAUCAAACAAGGCAAAGAAAAAUUGGCAUUUUUUAAAAGUUACCUUCUUUCUAAUUAUGGUUAAGUUGCCUAUUUUAGACUAUUAUGCAGAGGCAAUGGAAAGCAUAAGUCUUUGAAAAUAGGAAGCUCUUUAUUGUUUGGUUAAUAUAAAUGCAAGCGCCACAAAAUUAGUGGCUUGGCACUUUAGGUUAUGUCCACCUUUGCUUACCCACUUUUAGUGCACUUGUUUCAUUGGUUAAAUAGUAACAUGCCUAUAUUUUAAUUAAGGAUUAUGUUUGUGAAGUCUACUCCAGGGUCCAUUCUAUUUUCUGUUUGAAGUAUUUUCAAUCCCACUUGAUCUAUUAUGGGGUGCAGAGAUGCUUGGGUGCUUAUGUUCAUUUUGCUGCCACAUUACAUUUAAGCUGUACAAAAAAAAACUUGUGUCUGAAUUCCAAACUUUCGUUCUAGUCAGAGGAAAAUGAUUAGAGCAGGUGAUGGGAACUUAACUCUCCAUGUCUGCAAUGAUCUGUAAAGAAUGCUCAAGCAUUGAUAUUGCCCCAGUUGAAAAGAGAAAACUUUCCAGAGACAUAAUGGAAGUUUUGAAAAUUAUGAAACGUCUGUAAAGUUGAUCCUGAUAACUUGUUACAAUGGCACUGGCUUAAAAAUUAAAGAACAUCAUAUACAAAAUUAUGAUAUAGGAACUCAGGCAGACCUAUUUCACAUGAAGUGUAAUAAAUGAGGUCUCAGUUUUCAGUGACAUCCAUUAUGUGAAUAGGACAAAACAGGCUCAAGAGGCAACUAGACGUGUUUCAUAUGUGCAGCAGCCAAAUAGAAUUAUUUGGGCAUGGUACUGGAGGGUAUUCGGCACUGACGAACACUAUUCCAGCAUGAGGGGGGAAGAGAACCUAGGGAGAGAAAAAUUAGGAUUUCAAGGUGGGUGCAAUUACUUUGAUGAUACCAUGCAUUGGUUUAUUAGAGCAUUGUACGACAUAGUUUGGAGUGUAGGUUUAUCCUUGUAGCCCUGUGUGCAAAUAUAGUUUAAUCAGGGGAAGCAGACAUUCUGGAGAAUGUCCUUUCUCACUUCGGUGCAAUCAACUACAGAGUAGUUGUGUCAAAGAUUAUCUAGCAAGCUAUUUGCCCAAUCUUUCAGGGGAAAAUUUAAGAUAGCGGAAGGUAAAAAGACUUUGAAGAUGUUGAUUGGGUGGAUGGUUAUGGCCGAGGUGGGGCGUGGGUGUGGUUAUGAUGUUGUGAACAAGGAUCAUGUGGCUUCAAUUAAUUUUUGAGGGGAUAGUGUACGGCUGAAUUGUAUGGAGGAGUGCUUUAGAAGAUGAUUAUUCUAGUGAAAACUUUGCAUUGUCCCAUGAGAACAAAAAGACUCCAGUUGAUAAAAGUAGUGGGGAACACAGACUAUAGUUUGCAGGCAAAAGUCAUGCAAGUAAAAGUAUAUGACAGUAUUUGAUUCACUGUAUUAAGUAAUUCUAAGUAUUAAUUAAAUCAUGUAUUUUAAGAAAUAAAAAUGACUUUGCAUUUUG